AUGACUAAUGACCUGCAGCAGGCGACUCAGGAAGCCAAGUUCCUGACCCAGGAUCAGAUUAACGAGUUCAAGGAGUGUUUCUCUCUGUACGACCGCCAGCAGAAGGGCAGGAUUGAAGCCAGCGAGCUGAUCACAGUGAUGCGAUGCCUCGGGUCCAACCCCACCCCGUCAGAGGUCCAGAGACACCUGCUGAAGCACUCCUCGGAUUCAGGCGGAAAGCUGGACUUCUCCACCUUCCUGAGCGUCAUGCACCAGCAGCUCCAGCAGGAGGCGCCCGAGGCGGAGAUCCUGGAGGCCAUGAGGAUGGUGGACAAGGAGCAGAGGGGCUUCAUCCUGGCCUCCGAGCUGAGAGCCAAGCUCACGAGACUCGGGGAGAAGCUGACGGACCGGGAGGUGGACGAGCUGCUGAAGGAGGCGGCGGUUGGAGCCGACGGGCGGGUCCACUGUGAGAAGUUCGCUAAAGCGGUUACUCGCUUCUCCGCUAAGCGCUAAAAUCCUCAUCAUCCUCAUCACCAUCACUAUCAUCAUCAUCAUAAUCAUCAUCACCAUCAUCAUCAUCAUCACUAUCAUCAUCAUCAUCAUCAUCAUAAUCAUCAUCACCAUCAUCAUCAUCAUUUUUAUUGUUUUAUUCUGUUUUUGAGCUGUUAGCUUUAGCAUCUCGUAGCAUGAUGUCAUUGACAUGGACAUGAAGAUAAAGAUUGCAUGAUUCCAUUAUUAUUUGGAAUAAUGUACUAUAAUCUGCUGAGGGCUAUUGUUAAUCUCAAUUUUAAUUUAAUCAUUUAAGUUUACCACCAGAAAUAUAUUUGACAAAUUAGCCAUGGACACGUUUGAAGAGUUUAACUGGAGCACUGAAGCACAUUCAAUAAAGGCACAUCAGAGGAGUUCAGAGAUGAUUAUUUGUGAGACCUCUCCAGAGUCUCCACAUUUCAUCUCGUCCGCCCGGCGACACAUUUGUUCAGUAAACAGAGUCGGGACAUUUUGUGGAGGGGAAGAUUUAUUUGGCCAUAAACUAAGUGGGUUGCUUCCUGGCGGAGGUCCAUCAGCAGAGGAGAGGGACCCAGAAGGAGCAGAAGCUUCCUCACGUGAUCAGAGCACAGAUUACAGCAUCCAUGUUUCACUGUGAAGACGUCAUUUUCCCAUCAGCGCUCCUCUGACCUCAUUAAUGCUGAUCCCUGUGUUCUCUGUGUGGAUUGAUCAGAGAUCAGGUAGUUAAAUGUUAACACUGUUUGGUAUUUACUAAUUGAUAUAAUUAUAGGUUGGAUUUGUAUUCAAUGACUAAAUAAAAUAAUAAAAUAAAAAAAGUUUAACAAGCAAAAACCUGAUACAGUGAUCAUCACAAGGACAUUUAUUUAUUAUCUAUUCAUGGAACAGAUAAAGUUGAUAUAAUAAUUUGACAGGCUUGAGCCAGGCGUAACACAAAAACAACUAUUACUUUUACUGCAGAAAAAAUAGAAAUUUAAGUAGAUGGAGUAAUAAAAAAUGAAAUAAAAUAUAUAUAUAAAUCUUCACCCAUGAUCUUCUCAUGGCACACAUCCACAGCAGAAGCAGCUCCUCCGCUGUGGUGAAAGGUUUCUGUCAUUGUGCCAAACGUCUGGCUUUAAGUCAGAUUUAGUUUCCAGUCAGUGAGAUGAUGGACUUCUUCUGCAUCUGUAGCCCAUUUUUAUUUCUUUAAAAAAACUCCUGCUUACCCACGAGCGUUGCAUCUUUGCAUCUUUGGUUUCCACAUGACGCUUUGAUUCUGAGAGCGUAAUGCUCCUUUCACACCAAAAUGCCAAGCGGAUUUUUACCACUCUUCACUCACCCGACUAGUUUCGCUUCAUUCACGCCCCGCUUCAUGCGCGCCGGGAAGGGGGCGUGGUGAAGGGGCGUGGUGAAUGAGGCGUGGUGAAGGGGCGUGGCUUAAAGCUACUUGUCUCUGGAAAGUUAAUAAUUCCGCUAUCCACCAUGGAAAUAAGUAAACACUGUUUCUGUGGAAGUAAAUCUGUGUCAUCGGAUCUUGAAAUAAAAAGGUGAUUGAAUUUCUAGAACUGAAUAUUUAUACAUUGAAAUUACGUAUCUGAAUGUUUUUCAACUUUACAAUAUUCAACCGCAAAAAAAUCAACCGCAACAUCCGGGAAGCCAAAUAAGAGGAAUCGAUUUAAGAUUCAAGAUCAGGAGCCUCGUCAAAAGGAGCGAAAACACAACACAACUUCAGCCUGGUUGGAACGUGACGAUUAGGAUAAAAAUGAGUGUGUGUUAUUGUGUGUGUGUGUGUGUUAUUGUGUGAUAUUGUGU